UCCGUACGUGCACUCUCACUCUAUCUCUAUCUCUAUCUCUGUGUGUGUGUGUGUACGUCGGCCAUGAGAAUGAGCUGCAACGGUUGCAGAGUCCUCCGCAAGGGCUGCAGCGACGACUGCGUCAUAAGGCCCUGCCUACAAUGGAUCAAGUCCGCCGACGCCCAGGCCAACGCCACCGUCUUCCUCGCCAAGUUCUACGGCCGUGCCGGCCUCAUCAACCUCAUCAAUGCCGGCCCUCCCCCCCUCCGCCCCGCCAUUUUCAGGUCGCUGCUCUACGAGGCCUGCGGUCGGAUCAUCAACCCCAUAUACGGGUCGGUCGGGCUGCUCUGGUCCGGUAACUGGGGCCACUGCCAAGCCGCAGUCGACGCCGUCCUCAAGGGCUCCCCCCACAUCAUGCGACACCCUUCGCUGGAUUCGGGUUCGACCCCCGCCGCGUCUCAGCCCUUACCUGCCCUCAAGCCCUACGACAUCCGCCACUUCCCCAAGGAGGGGGGCUCGCAACACCUCCACGGGGUCGGGGUCCGGGCCCGGCCCCGGUUCAAGCGCCCCAGGCUCGGCGUCAACCUGAAGCCGGACAGCUGGCUUUAUCCGGAGGCAAGCUACGCGACGUCGCCAGAGGACGACAGCGGGUUCUCCGUGGAGACCGUGGAGGCUGAACCCGAGGACCGGUCCCAGCCAAGCCGGAGCUUGGCGUUCGAAGGUCGUGAAAGUGAUGAUGAUGGGAUCGGGUUGGAGCUCACUCUGGGUGUGGCUCAGAGUCAACAACAGAGCGUCUCAUGCAAAUCCGAGGCUGAUCACGGUCAUCACUUGUGAAUGAGAGUUGCCAGGAAAAGAGACGGAGAGAUACAGGAAGAGGGGUUUUUGUUGAGGAUUAAAAUUGACAUGAUCGUCGUCAUCAGCUGAUUUGAAGCAGCGCAGUUGAGGUUUUAAUGCUCAAUU